UCCAGACAUCCUUAGUACACUAUACAGUUCAUUCAUUUUAUUAACUUCCUUGAACACUGAUUAAUCAUAGGGUUUUACAGUUAUGUCGUUAUAUUUAUAAAGGGGACUAAACUGUCUGGAUCGAUAGUACUUAAAGGAAUAACGACAACAAUUUCUUGGAGAUCUUUUGAUCUAGAUAUGUCCUGUAUUUAGAUUUUCUAUACCAGUACCGGUAUGGCAGGAGUUCUUGAUCGCAUAAAGAAGAAAAAUAAAUCCACUUCGCAAGAGUGGUCACGCAAUGGGAGUUUUGUACACAAACCAGGCAGAGGUUGGAUCCAUCCAGACCAACAACUUAAUGGCGAUGGUGGGGUGUGUUAUGGUGUUAGGUUCAUAGGCAGCAUAGACGUUAAAGAAUCCAUGAAGAGUUUGGAUUUUGAAACAAGAACAGCUGUAGCCAGAGAAGCUAUUAAUAUUGUAGCAGAGGCUGCUGGUUUAAAAACUGCUUCCAAAAAGAGAAAGGCUGAUAAAAAGAUCAGUAAAAUGUUAGCUGAUCAUCCCCACAUGCAGCAUGCUGGAGCUAAUGUUAAUUUAACUAUAUCAACAAACAGAAUUACUCUGAUGGUGAUGGAAUCAGGACAGAUGAUAGCUAAUCACACAAUGCAUAAUGUUUCUUUUGCUUCUGGUGGAGAUGCUGAAUCGUUAGAUUUUGUAGCUUACAUAGCUAAAGAUGAAAUACAUGGUCGUACAUGUCAGGUGUUAGAAUGUGGCGGAGGUUUAUCAGAAGAUGUUGUCACUACCAUAGGACAGGCUUUCGAAUUACGUUUUAAACAAUAUCUGCACAAACUGCCCAAAGCCAUGCAAGUUACUGAAAGUUCCACCAAUGAAGGUUUUGAGAGAGAAGGUUGGGGAGAAGAUCAAGAAUAUUAUAAUGACCACCCUGGUGCCAUGCCUCCUUCAUCUGCACAUCUGCCAACACCCACACGACCACCAGUACCCCCUAUACCACAAUACUGUUCACCUACAAGUCUUCCGGUAAAUCAAUAUGAUUCAGUUAAAUUAAAUUCUGAAAAUGGCUACUCUGAUAUAUCUGAUGAUAUAGAGGCUCGUUUAUUGGCUGAUUCUAAAAUAUACGACAAUAGAGAAGAUGUUCCAGAAGACUUUGAAGAUCCAACCUAUGUAGAUGGUACCAUCUAUGAUAAUAAAAAUGGCUUAAAACAAGAAGUUCAACUUGAAGGAGCUGUGGGAACAAAUGGUAAUGUUUAUGAUAAUCAUGAUGAUGAUAUGGACAAUAAAGAUGCCUUUGAUAUGAGUCCAUUUGAUAGUAAAGUUUUAUCCGAUGAAAAGGCUCCAGAGUUAAGCAGAGAAUCGAUGUGGAAUGAUUCUGGUAUAACAUCACCAAUAUUUGAAGAAUGGUUCCAUGGUAAUUUAUCGAGAAAAGAUGCUGAGAAAUUGCUAUGCAAUAAUGGAGAAUUUCUGGUUCGUGAAAGCUCAAAUAAAGCUGGACAAUUUGUUUUAAGUGGAAAACAAGAUGGUGUCAUUAGACAUCUGCUACUGGUUGAUCCAGAGGGUGUGGUUCGCACAAAAGAUUUUAUUUUUGACAGUGUCGGCCAUCUUGUACAGUAUCAUCGUCAAAAUAAUUUGCCCAUUGUAACACAGGGUAGUGAACUGUUGUUAGAAAAACCAAUCAAGACUUUUAUAACAUCUUGUUAAGCCACAUCUAGAUGAAAAAAAAAAACAGCACAAGACUUCCUUUUCCAUCAUAGUCUUUAAAAAAAAUAGGUUGAAAACAAAGACUUUUUAUGUUUCUAGGGAGCACUUUAUCCCAAUUUUAUUUUUUGGGGGUAAAAAUCAUCACCCUACAUAUUCUGUGUAACUUUAUUCUGCCUGCUGAGUGAAUGACCUUUUAAAAUUAAUAAUAUGAGUUACAAAUAAUCUAUCAUUUCCGUGGUCCACUAUCAAGUAAAACAAACCAGCUAUAAAAUUUAGAUCUUUUUUCAUGUGUUCAUUUAAGGAGCCCUUUAAAAUUUAUAAGCUUACAAGAAAGCAUUAUUAUUCAUUUGACAAAAUGUAUUUGAAGAUGUUUUUAUAUACCAAUAGUGUUUAUUAGCUAAACAACUGACAGUGCAACUGAACAGGACAACAUUUAUUAAGUGGCAUAAUUUUAUUAGCUGGUAUUACCUAAAACAAAAAUGGUGAUGUUGAUGUGAAAAUGAAUUAAAAGGCGCAACAAGAAAGAAUUUUCAGAUACAUCUCAACAUAAUGUAUUACAGAUAUUAUAGUUCAUUCUUCCUUAACAAGCAUGACAAAAUAAUCAAACACUAGUUUUUACAAUAUAAAAAGACACGCACAAGUUUUUCAAAUUAUAUUUUUUAAAGUGCAUUUAUUUAUUACUAUUUUGUUUUGGCUCAUUCAACCAGAUCAAUAAUAAUACUUUUACUUUAGUUACUUUUUUUUUUUCCAACAUUUUUUAACAAAUAGUUGUUGGUUUAUCACACUAAAUGGUCCUUGACGUGACGGUAGUCCCUAAAACCUUAUAACAUUUCAAAGGAAAUUUGUCUGAUUUUAGCUUUAGAAAAUUGGAUAUUUUUAAGCCAAAGAAGACUACAUGUAUUUUUUUUUUCUCUUUUCUAUCACACUAGCAACAUUCAUAAAAGAUUAAACCCUCCGAACAAGAACAUUUGCUCAUUUUAAAAAACGAGAUUAUUUUUCAGGUCUCAUUAUUUUCUACCUACAGUACAAUCAUAUUCUACAUGACUUAUGUUCUACUUAUUUCAGUUGUUCUUAUUUAAAAUGUAACUUUAAAGGAAAAUCCAACCAACCAAAAUAUGUUUCAGUGUUUUAGGUUGUUUUAUUUUACCCAGAAUCUGCUUAGGCAUUAUGUAAGAAUUAGAUAAAGACCUGUCCCUUCUUCCUAUAAUAGUUCAAAAAUAGAUAAUGAAAAAUUAAUAUUUUGAAAAUUUUAGUCAAAUAACGAUAAUAAACAGAAUCUUGAUUUUCAUUCCUUCUAUGGGCAGUCAGUGGUAGCCAUAUGAUUGUUUAUGCAUAUAUGACUGUCAUUGUCUAAUCCAUGCAAUAUCUAAGCCAUCCACUCACCUAGAGAGGGUUGAUUAUGGGCUUGUCAUGUGAAUAAAUGUCUAAAAAUAAUUUAUGUAAUAUUUGAAACCAGAAAAAAAGAACUGCAAUAGGCAGAUUUAGCUCUUGCAUAAUGUCUAUAUAUUUUUUUCCUCACAGAUCCUUUGCCAACCAAAAUUCUCAUUCCCAGAACAUUAAACAUGUAGAAUGUGGCCAUACUGUAUAUCUCUAUAUAAUAUAUACCCUAUUUAUUCAAAUAUGAUCUGAAGGAUUUAAGAUUUAUUAAUCUUAUACAAAAUGUAUUAUUAUAUACUAUCAAUAUCAUUUCUUCAUUAUAAUACAGGGUAGGAUUUAUACAUCAUCCAUCCAGUUACUGUUAAUGAUUCCAUGCCUAUCUUUUGGCUGAUAUAUUGGGAGAGUCAGGACAAAUUGAUGUCAUCAUGCACAGCUUAAUAAAACCAAAUUAAGUUGGGCAUGUUGAAGUUGUUCAUCGUUUGAUGUAGUCAGAUACAACCAAUGUACUCUACCGAAAAUACUUUUAUAUUAAGUGUUGAUCACUUGUUAGAGGUACAUGUAUAUAUAAAUAUAGACAGUAAUAAAUAUAUAUGUACCAGUAUUAUAAAAUAGAUAUUUUGUAAACAUGUUAAGGAAACAACAAGAACAUAAAUAGGUUACACUACUUUUUUAAAACCACUGUAGUAUUAGUUUCUAUUUUGUUAUAUUUGUUUUCAAAUGGCACGAUUUUGCGUAUCUACAUAUUAACAGUUUUGGAUCCAUAAAUGUUUUACUCCAUUUGGUAUGAAAAUUCUAAAUAUUUAUUAUAUUAAUCUAAUUACCCAUUAGGUAUAACAUUGCCUGUGUAACCAAGUACUUUUGACAUAAAUUACCAAAUCACUAUGAUCACCUCCUACUGACUUGACACAAGUUAAUCAUCACUAAGUGAGUUAAAUGGCUAAGGAAAAAAAACUUCACAUUCAACUUAAUGAGUGCGAAUGAGAGCCAUUACAUAUGCAGCGGAACGUAAUUGUUUUUUUAUGACUUAUGUUUCUAAAGUUGAAAUAAAUUUAACAGACACCUGUAUAAUUUUUCUAUCAUGUAAAAACACAUUCAGUUUUCUGUGUAAUAAACAUAAUAUGUAAUGCUCGAUAUGUAAUAGUUUAGAAGUUAUGCACCUUUAAAAAUAUAUUAUGACAUCAUAGUCAUACUCGAGAACCUUCAGUUAUUUGAAAUCAUUUGCAAUUUUUUGCAAGUUUGAUAUCUAUAGAGUUUAAAUAUUAAAAUAUCUAAAUCUAUAUAUUGUACAUUACAUGCUAUAUUAUUGUCUAUGUUAUCUUUUUCAUACAUGGAUAUCUAUAUUUUCAUAUCAGGUAUAUAAUCAGAUAAUAUAUAAAACAUAAUUAUGUUCAUUUAGAAAGUGCUGGUCACUAAAUUAAUUGAAACAUAUUAAUCAAUGAUAAUUCUAUUCCAAUAGUCAUAAUUUAAUUGAUAAUAAAUUAACUAUAGCAUCAUAUAUCUUGCAAACAUUUCAUCAUUUUAUCUGUGUUUUAUUCAUGUAUAAACAAAUCAAUUAUUUGCUUUUUAUAUAGUAUUUAUAAUUAGACAAUGGUUCUGUAUUGUCUUCUGCAAUUACCAUGCAAUACAGUAUUUCAGAGUUGAGGUUUCUGGCUUGCUUCUUGGCAUAAUUUAAUUCAUUUUUGGACACUAAUAAAUGGUCAAAUAAAUAUGACAAUUAAAAUCUAAAAAUUAUUUAUUAGGUACAUUUAAGAGUGAAAUGGCUGUGCCCAACAGGACAAAGAAUCCAGAAUAGUUUGUGAUGUCAUUUUGCUAUAUGAGGUUUCAAAAGAAUCUUGUCUCCAAAAUCCUGUAUAUGUUGGGUCUUCAAACAUUUGACAAUUUUCAUGUAUUGGAAAAAGCUUACUCUUACUGUGAAUUCUUUGAAAAGUUGGCACAUCAAUGGCACAUCAAUAAUAAUCUAUGUAUAUUUUUUCAUAAUUUUUUUUUUAUAUUUUUGUUGUAUCUAAUGUGUAGAAAACUUUACCGAUUUAAACCUGUUUAACAUCUAUAUAUAUAUAUAUUAUUUUUAACUCUCUUUAAUACUAUAGAAUAUACCUGAUGUAUGAAAUUUUAAUCCAUUACCAUACUGUUAUUUGUUUACUUUAUAAAUAUGUAAUUUACAUAUAUUUUGCUGUAGUUGUAUAGUGUAAGUAUUUGAAUUAAAGAUUUACAGCAAUGAAAGUGAUA